AAAAUAGAAGUUGGGUGGAGAAAUCUUCCUCAUUUGUCGGAGGAACAUUUGUUUCCUCGAAUUAUUAUCAUACCACUUGUUUUCCUCUCCCUCUGAGAAUCCUCCCCGGUUGCAUGCCCUCCUCCUUUAGAAAUAGGGGUCAUCAACAGGCUCACCUAACAAAGGAGUGGGGGUUUCUCCGGCACAAACCCACUGUAAUAUUGAUCGAAAACUCCUCCCAAAAUGGGGUCCUCUGACGAUCAGAACUCGUCAUCAGAUUCUCCAUCGUCUGACUCUUCAUCAUCUUCAUCGCCAACUCCCCCAUCAUCGUCAUCGUCGUCGUCAUCAUCGACAUCGUCAUCAUCCCCCUCUCCACCAUCAUCAGAUUCAGGUAAUUCGGAUUCAGGUUCAGGUUCAAGUUCAUCACCCCCACCAUCUCCUCCAAAGGACUCAUCAUCUUCAGGUGACUCAUCCUCCUCAGGUGACUCAUCGCCAUCAAACGGCUCGUCAAACAGCUCGCCGCCACCGUCCAAUAAUUCAAACAACUCGUCGCCUCCCUCCGACAACAAUUCGUCCAACAAUUCGUCCAACAAUUCAAACAACAACAAUUCGGGUAACUCAUCAUCUUCCAAUAGCUCAAACAACUCGGAUAACUCAACGGAUAAUUCAUCGUCUUCCAACAACUCGAAAAACUCGCCGCCUUCCAACAACAACUCGAACAAUUCCAACGACAACUCCAGCAAUUCCAACAAUUCCAACAACAAUUCAAAUGGAAACUCAAGCGGCAAUUCCAACUCAAACGGCAACUCAAACGACUCAGACAACAAAAAUAACAACUCAAACAGCUCAGACAACAAAAAUAACAACAACUCAAACAGCUCAGACAACAAAAAUAACAACAACAACAACAACAACAACUCAAAGAACAACAACUCGAACAAUAACUCCAAUUCCCAUAAAUCCCCCCCACAAAACUCCAACUCCCAAAAAUCUCCCUCUUCCCAGAACAAUGGAGGGCAAAAUGACUCUCAGUCUCCACCCAAAUCAUCUCAAGGGAAUUGGUCACCGAAAUCGUCUGAGAAUUGGUCACCCCCAGCACUUGGAUCAUCAAGCAAGUCACAUCGCUCAUCAUCGUCGGACAAUGAUGGAUCGCCGCCAACUUCGCACUCAGGAAGCUCUAUGCCUAUAAUCGUAGGAGUUGUAGCUAUAGCAGGGGUGUUGUUGCUUGUCUUUGUUUUGCUUUUCUUGGCUUGCUCUAAGAGAAGGAAGAAGAGACAGACUGCUUCCCACCUCAUGGAGAACCCUGAUCCAUAUCGUCCAAAUGGAAGUGGUGAAUAUUGGCAAGGUGGACCUAAAAGCUCCGAGCACGUUCUUAAUAUGCCUCCUUCUGGCCGUGCUCCCAAUGGAGGUUGGACUAUGACAUCCGGUGGAGCACCCCCCAUGAUGAGUGGCGAUAUGAGCUCGUCCAACUUCUCCGGUCCACACGGUCCCCCUCUGCCACCUCCACACCCUAAUGUGGCAUUCGGGUUCAACAAGAGCACCUUCACCUAUGAAGAGCUGGCGGCUGCAACCUCAGGGUUUGCGCAAGCCAAGCUAAUAGGCCAAGGUGGCUUUGGGUACGUGCACAAAGGGGUGUUGCCAAAUGGAAAGGAAAUUGCCGUUAAGAGCCUCAAAGCGGGUAGCGGACAAGGUGACCGUGAAUUUGCAGCCGAGGUUGAGAUCAUUAGCCGUGUUCAUCAUCGCCACCUUGUGUCGCUUGUUGGGUACUGCCUUGCAGGAGAGCGAAAGCUGUUGGUCUAUGAAUUUAUUGCUAAUAACAACCUCGAGUUCCACCUUCACAGCGCGGAUCGGCCACCCUUGGAAUGGGCCAACAGGGUCAAAAUCGCGUUGGGAUCGGCUAAAGGGCUUGCUUACUUGCAUGAAGACUGUCACCCAAAGAUUAUCCACCGUGACAUUAAAGCUGCAAAUAUUCUGAUUGACUAUAGUUUCGAAGCUAAGGUGGCAGAUUUUGGACUAGCAAAGCUAAACCAGGAAAAUGUCACCCAUGUAUCAACUCGUGUCAUGGGAACAUUUGGGUACUUGGCUCCUGAGUACGCAUCGAGUGGUAAGCUGACCGAGAAGUCUGACGUCUUCUCUUUUGGUAUUAUGCUCCUGGAGCUCAUUACUGGACGCCGCCCUGUGGACUUGUCUGGGGAAUACGAGGAAGAUACCUUAGUAGACUGGGCAAGACCUCUCUGCAUGAAAGCAAUAGAUACUGGGGACUAUUCUGAAUUGUUGGAUCGACGACUAGAGAACAAUUACAACCAGGAACAGGUAGCACGCAUGGUGGCUUGUGCGGCUGCGAGUGUUCGACACUCUGCGAAGAAGCGUCCGAAAAUGAGCCAGAUUGUUCGUGCAUUGGAAGGCGACGUCUCAAUGGAAGACUUGCACGAGGGGAUUAAAGGACAAUUGGGGUCGUCUGGCUCUCCUAGUAUGGCUUCCUCCGAGUUUGAAGCUGAUUCGUAUAACGCGAAAAUGAAAGGGCUUAGGAAGCCGGCGUUGAUGGACAGCACAGAUUAUCCAAGCAGCGAGUACGGUGCUACAAGCGAGUAGGUCGAAGAUGGCGGUAGAAGCAUAAUUGCGACGUUGUGUUAGACAAGGGCACCAUUGAAGGAGGAGUUGUGAUUUCUUUCUUCUGUUUUUCUGUUUAUUUUCUUCUUUCUUUUGGAAAUAGCUAUGUGUGUUUGGAUUUGCUACUGUUAUGAAACAAACACAUGCAUUUGGAAGAAUAUUUGACCAGUACCUUAUGUGUUUGUAUUUUCUAACUUUAAUAUCUAAUAUUAUUACUGUUGAAAAUUGGUGAGAUUUGAGAAUA